UUCAGAAACGCCGAGGUGGGCGUGGCCAUGUUACGUCAUAGAGCGGGCCCGCAGCCGGAACUCGGAAAUCCGGCAGCGCUCGGAGGUCCUUGCCGGACUCCCGGGUCCCAGCCGGUCAGCGUCCGUAGGGACCGCGAAGGAGGGCGUUCGAAUAGGAAGUGCUUUCGGACGUGGGCUCAGCCUUUUGGCGCUGCCAGGGAUGUCUGGACAGGUUCGGGAUCAGCCCACAGGUGCUGGCUCCCCAGGAGCAAGAGCCAUCAGGUGAAGGAAUGAGGGAAGAAAGGAGGUUCUUGGACUUGGAUAUCUUCAUUUCUGGGGACAGCUUUAACUGGACACCAAGAUUUCUGACCAUAAGAACCUCAUGGCAGAUGCAGGAGAGACAAAAGACUUAGAAUCCAUGUCACUUACUAUUUCCAGAGCACAGAAGAAAAUGAUCGAGGCCCAGGAAUCGCUGACACUGGAGGAUGUGGCUGUGGACUUCACCUGGGAGGAGUGGCAGCUCCUGGACCCUGCUCAGAAGGACCUGUACCGGGACGUGAUGUUGGAGAACUACAGCAACCUGGUGUCAUUGGGGUAUCAAGUUACCAAACCUGAUGUGCUCUCCAAGUUGGAACAUGGAGAUAAACCAUGGAUAAUAGAGGAUGAAAUCCAGACUAGAACUUGUCCAGGAAUUGGGAAAGUUGACAGUCAUCUGCAAGAUGAGAUCUGCAAGACAUCUCAAAACCAAAGAUUUCUGAAGAGCGUGCCACAAUGCAGUGAACAGAAUGCAUUUAGAAAUAUUGUUCAUCUGAGCAAAACACAUGUUGCCCUAAUGCAAAGUCAUAUGUUUGACUUAUGUAGAAAAGCUUUGAAAUCAAGUUUAAGUUUAGUUAACCAGAAGAGAAGAUGUGAAAUAAAGAACUUUGUUGAGUUGAAUAGAGAUGAGAAAUCCUUUCUACAUGGUAAUCAUGAAAAGUUGUAUACUGGAAUUAAAUUCCCUGAAAGUGCAAAACGAAUCAGCACUAAAUUCCAAGUCUUGAAGCAUCAGGGGACUCACAAAAUAGAGAAACUCCAUGCAUGCAUUGAAGGUGAGAAAACCUGCCUCAGGAGUUCUCAGCUCAGUGACAAUGAGAGCAUUCACACAGGUGAGAAAUCCCAUGGAUGUGAUCCAUGUGGGAAAUCCUUCUCCAGAAAUGUCAUGUCCACAAAACAUCAGAAAACUCAUACAAGAGACAAACCCUCUACAACCAAUGAAUACAGAAAAGGCUCUACUGUGAAGAGCAGCCUCAUUGUAGGUCAGCAAACCCACUCAGGAGACAAAUCCUAUAUAUGCAGUGAGUGUGGAAAAGGCUUUACAAUGAAGCGCUAUCUAAUUGCACAUGAGCGAACUCAUAGUGGAGAGAAACCUUACGUAUGCAAUGAAUGUGGAAAAGGCUUCACUGUAAAGAGCAAUCUCAUUGUGCAUCAGCGAACUCAUACAGGGGAGAAACCCUAUAUAUGCAGUGAAUGUGGAAAAGGCUUUACCAUGAAGCGCUAUCUUGUGGUACAUCAGCGAACUCAUACUGGAGAGAAGCCCUAUAUAUGCGAUGAAUGUGGAAAAGGCUUCACUGUGAAGAGCAAUCUCAUUGUACAUCAGCGAUCUCACACAGGGGAAAAAUCUUAUAUAUGCAGUGAAUGUGGAAAAGGCUUCACUGUGAAGCGCACUCUCAUUAUCCAUCAGCGAACUCAUACGGGGGAGAAAUCUUAUAUAUGUAAUCAAUGUGGAAAAGGCUUCACCACGAAGCGCACGCUCAUUAUACAUCAGCGAACCCAUACAGGAGAGAAACCGUAUGAAUGCAAUGAAUGUGGGAAAGCCUUCAGCCAGAAGAUCUGCCUCAUACAACAUGAGAGAUGUCACACAGGAAAGACGCCCUUUGUAUGUGCUGAGUGUGGCAAACCCUAUUCGCACAAAUAUGGUCUCAUUACCCAUCAGAGAAUUCACACCGGAGAGAAACCCUAUGAGUGCAAUGAAUGUGGAAAAGCCUUCACCACAAAGUCAGUACUCAAUGUACAUCAAAGAACUCACACAGGAGAGAGACCCUAUGGAUGCAGCCAUUGUGAGAAAGCCUUCUCCCACUUGUCAAACCUUGUGAAACAUAAGAAAAUCACACAAGAGAAAUGGGUAGAUUCAGUCAAGUUGGAAAUUCCUUUAAGAGAGAGUCACAGCUCAUUACUUAUGAAUGAACUCACGCAGAAUGAAAACCCUGUUAAUGCAGUAACUGUGGAAAUGCCUUCUGUGGCAACUAAGACUUCAUUAAACAUCAGUGUUUUGGACAGAUUGGAAUUCAGUUAUGGUACUGCCUGUUGUCAGAUGUGUGCCCUGAGGAGAUUAGAGAAUUUGCCCAGGAGAUAAACCUGGUGAAUACAGUGAAUGUGGCAGUGCCUUUAGUGAUCCUUACCUCACAUUUUCUGUCAGUGAAAACAUGUUGGAAAAACUCUGAUACGCUCAAGGUAGAGAUGCCUUGAGCAAAACUUUUAACUUCAUUCUAUGUCUGAAAAGUGUAUACUGAGACAAAUUCUAUGAAUGCAGAGACUAAGAAAGCCUUCUGUGGGGAGAUAGAAUUUAUUAUCAGGGAUCGUCAUAGAUCAUAUGAGCUCAUUAUUGAUAGAAAUAUUAAAUAUAUAUGAU